AUGGUGCGCUUCCAACGGUUUGAGGUAGAGCAGUGGAUGGAUGAUUAUGAAACAACGCCGGGGGUUCUAAACAUUGCUGAGACAUGCGUCGAAUCCGUUUCCAUCGACCAGCUGGUGCAGCUAUCAAACGACAAGGCUGCGAAUCCGCUCCAGACUAGCACCGUCCUCACCUAUGGGGCCAUUCGCGGAUCGUCAACCUUGAGAGAACGCAUUGCAUCUCUGUACGAGGGGGAGCAGGUGUCGAGCGACAACGUUCUCGUCACGCAAGGCGCAAUAGCAGCCAACUUUCUAGUUUUCUACGGCUUGGUCGGCCCCGGAGACCAUGUCAUAUGCGUAUACCCUACCUAUCAGCAGCUCUUCUCUGUCCCCGAGAGCCUUGGGGCGGAAGUUUCUCUAUGGCGCUUACAUGCUGAGAAUGGCUUCCUGCCUGACAUGGGCGAGUUGGAGCAGCUCGCCAAAGAAAACACAAAGAUGAUUGUAAUUAACAAUCCCAACAACCCUACCGGGGUACCCAUCCCACGAGAUCUCAUCGAUAAGAUCGUGGACUUUGCCAGGGCUCGAGACAUGAUUGUGCUAUCUGACGAGGUCUACCGGCCACUGUUCCACGACGGGAUAGAAAACAACCCGAACAUGCCGCCAUCGGUGGCAGAUCUGGGCUACGAAAAGGCCAUUGUCACCGGAUCUCUGUCCAAAGCAUACUCUUUGGCCGGCAUCCGAGUGGGCUGGAUUGCGUCAAGAGACAAGGCCAUCAUCGAGAGGCUCGCCGAGGCCCGCCACUACACGGCGAUUAGCGUCUCGCAGCUGGACGACCAGGUGGCAAGCUAUGCGCUGUCGCCGGCUGUGCGUGGCCCGCUGCUAAAGCGAAAUGUCGACAUGGCGAAGCGCAACGCCGGCAUGGUCAAGGCCUUCGUGGAGCAGCAUCGCGCACUCUGCUCUUGGGUGGCGCCCACCGCGGGAACAACGGCAUUUGUGCAGUUCCGCAGCGAGGGCAAGCCGGUGGACGACGUUGCCUUUUGCCGCGACGUGCUGGACAAGACCAAAGUCUUUUUCGUGCCCGGCUCCCACUGCUUUGGCCGGGGCGAGGACUUUGCGGGCUAUGUAAGAGUCGGCUACGUUGGAUCCUCAGCCGUGCUGGCGGAAGCGCUGCAGAAACUCGCGGCCUAUGUUGGGCAGAAUCUGGUUCAGUAG